AUGCACUGUUUGUCGGCAACAGCAAGCACACUCGAUCCAAUCCAAAGGCAAGUUCAAAAAUUCUGGGAGCUAGAAGAGGUUAUACGGUCGUCGCCAGUUCAAGGGUUUUCAACGGAAAUAAAAAGAUGUGAAGAACAUUUUCUAAAAACCUAUCGGAGAGAGGAGAAUGGUCGUUUCACAUUAGAAUUACCGUUUAAAGAAAAUGUAAGGCAGCUGGGAGAAUCUCGAGUGAUGGCGGAAAUACGGUUUUAUACGAUGGAACAAAAAAUUGAUAAAAAUAAAUAUAAAUCGGGAGAUAUUUUGUAUUGGAGAUCAUUUUGA